AUGCUGAGGAUGUUUUAUGAGUCUGUGGAGGCCAGUGCUAUUCUGUUUGCUGUGCAGCUGUUGGUGGUUAAAGAAGAGGUUCCCCCUGAGCAGCAGGAGUGGAGCUCCAGUGUGGACCAGGAGGACCCAGAGCCUCCACACAUUAAAGAGGAACAGGAGGAACUCUGGAUCAGUCAGGAGGGAGAGCAGCUUCAAGGGCUGGAGGAAGAUGAUAUCAUCAAGUUUACAUCCACUCCUGUCCCUGUGAACAGUGAAGAUGAUGAAGAGAAACCUCAGUCCUCACAGCUUCAUGAAAGACACACUGAACAGAUGGAAACAGAAGCAGAGGGAGAGGACUGUGGAGGAGCAGAACCAGCCAGGAACUCAGAUCCAGAUACACAUUUACAACCAGAGACUGUUGACAAGACUGGAGCAUCUUCUGAACCUGAGACUGAUGACAGUGAUGAUUGGAAGGAGACCAGAGAACCUCAGUCAGGUUUAAACUCUCUGAAAAAUGAUGAAGUCCCUGUCAGUGAUUUGAUUGUUUGUGAGAAACCAUUUAACUGCUCUGAGUGUGGGAAAACAUAUGGUCGAAGUGACCAUCUGAAGGUACACAGAAGAUCUCAUACAGGAGAGAAACCAUUUAGCUGUUCUCAGUGUGGGAAAAGAUUUGGUUACAGUGUAGUUUUGAAGAAUCACAUGAAAACUCACACAGGAGAGAAACCAUUUAGCUGCUCUGAAUGUGGGAAAAGCUUUUCUCGAAGUCCACAACUGAAGGAACAUAUGAGAUCUCAUACAGGAGAAAAACCAUUUAGCUGUUCUGAGUGUGGGAAAACAUAUGGUCGACAUGAACAUCUGAAGAUACACAUGAGAACUCAUACAGGAGAGAAACCAUUUAGCUGUUCUGAGUGUGGGAAAACAUAUGGUAGAAGUGAUCAUCUGAAGAAACACAUGAGAACUCAUACAGGAGAGAAACCAUUUAGCUGUUCUGAGUGUGGGAAAACAUGUGGUCAAAGUGAAAAUCUGAAGGUACACAUGAGAACUCAUACAAGAGAGAAACCAUUUAGCUGUUCCGAGUGUGGGAAAAGAUUUGGUUCGAGUGGAGAUUUGAAGAAACACAUGAGAUGUCAUACAGGAGAGAAACCAUUUAGCUGCUCAAUUUGUUGGAGAUCAUUUACACGAAAUGGAAAUUUACGGACACACAUGAAAAUUCAUGAGGGAGAAACGUGAUUCAGCUGUUCAGUCUGAAAAAACACUUUUUUUAUUUUAACACAAGAACUCAUACAGGAGAGAAACCAUUUUGCUGUGCUGAGUGUGGGAAAACAUUUGUUCGAAGUGCACUUCUGAAAGUACACAUGAGAUCUCAUACGGGACAGAAACCAUUUAGCUGCUCUGAGUGUGGGGAAUA